AUGUGGCAGAUUCUCAAAGAUAUUGAGAUACAGCAAAGUCAACAACGCACCCUGAGUGUGGAGAACUUGCAUGUUUUCCAUGUUAGUGAGGGCUAUUCCAUUCUCCGCCCCGACGUCGGCCAACCUUCCCUCGCAAACCUAUCGAGCACCCAUGACCGCAAAGCUGCUGGGGAGAUUAUCGACACCCUUGACGACGAGACCCAAGCAAAUGCAGGCGAAUCUACUCGUCUAGAGACUACCCGCCGGCAUCUACAAGAGAUACUUAGUGGAGAUAUGACUGAAUAUGAGUUUAAAUUACCAUCACGAUCUCGAGUGACUCAUAAUUCCCUAAAGGCUCAACUACCAGAUACAGAAUCGUUGAGUCGAGGUCACCUUGGGCCCUUCGCAAAGAUGGUGUUAGAUAGCACAGACGUUCGUUAUCGAUACCCAUCUCCUGUUACCCCUAGCCCGAAAAAGAAGUUAAUAGUAUCGAAAUCCUUACCGUCGCCUACCUUAACCGAGAACGUUUCUGCAGCUAGGAUUCCAGAAUCUAGCCAUCAUACCGAAUCCAAAGCAACUCUCGGAUUGCAGAAGCCUAUGCAGAAGCCCGUCGUAUUGGUGCCCUCGUUGCCUUUGUCGUCACAGCCCAAUGAAUACGUUCAUAUUCGCGACCAGUCGCCUUCAAAAAGGAGGAAGCUGAACACUGAGGACGACGAGAAAUUGGCUGCAUUACGUCUAAAAGAUCAAAAGGAGGAGGCAGAUGCAGCCUUGGUAAAAUUACAAGAGCUUUUGCAGGAGGUCUUUGAAGCAGAGGAUCAACUUGAACCGGAUACGUCCGCAACCGAACCCCAAUCGUCAAGCAAAAUGUUUAGACUUCCGAAAGCGAUCGAUGGUCUUGGUCCAGUUUUAUCUUCUGAGACACACUCUUUGCUCCAAACAGCGAUGCAAAAGGUUACUGGCUAUGGACGACUUCGUGACAUUCCAACGGAGUAUUUGAACCGCAUCCAGAAGCUCUGCGAACCUCCCGUGAUUUCUGCCCAGACUCCAGAUCUAAAACUAGAGCACGUUCCCGCAGAAUAUGAUACAGAGAUGUGGCUUAGAAAGCUUGAUGACAUGCGCAACGCGCUGCUGGCAAUAUGCACUUUACUUCAUACAAUGUCAGGAGAGGUGACGAUAAAAGAUUUGUGUCCAGAAGAUGUUAUUCAGGCUAUUCCGAACGUCCUCAACCAUGUUUUCGACGAUUGCCUCAUUCCCGUUGUUGAAUGCCGGCCUAAUGCUAGAGAUGCGGAACUGUUUACCUUUUUCUCAGCCCAUAGGAACAUUCUUGCCGGCUUGGUUCACCAAACGAAGAAAGUGCUACACCUGCUAGCUCGUUUCCUUUCCAAUGUUGAUGUGGCCGAAGGAACUAUCACGGCUACUGAAUUCCUUGCAACAAAGCUAAUCUUUGUCGAAAAUGCUCAUAGUGAUAGGGAUUCAACCUUGGGCUUCCAAAAGUAUGAGGCUGUUCGAAGGGGUUCUAUGGAUGUGCUAGCAAAAAUAUUCGCAAAAUACCCGGAGCAGCGCCCCUUUAUUCUUGAUGAAAUAUUGGUGUCGUUGGAGAAGCUUCCAUCUACAAGGCAGAGCGCUAGGCAAUUCAAACUUAUAGACGGGAAGCAUAUCCAGUUACUCUCUGCCCUCGUAAUGCAGCUCGUGCAGACAACUGCAUUACAAAAGUCCUCGAAGGGAUCGAGAAGGCCGAAGCGCCGUCUACUUCUUCCUAAAUUUGGUCAGGGUGAAGGCUCGGAAAGUGAAGAUACCGACGAUGAAGCUGAUGAUGAUGGACCUAGGAGGGGCACGCCCCUGGAAUUGCUUUCAGAUAAAGUCGAACCACUCUUUGAUAAUGCGUUACGUAGCGCACAGUAUAUUACAAAAUUUAUCGUUCAGCGGGCAAUGACAUCCACCAAAACCGGUGAUCAGCCAUACAGGAAUCUUCUGGAUCUUUUUACCGGAGAUCUCGUCAGUGUCCUUGGUUCGACUGAUUGGCCGGCUGCAGAGCUUUUGCUGCGAGUUCUCGCAUCGCAAAUGAUUGGGCUUGCAGACCAUGAUAAGAGCCCCGCAAACGCCAAAAAUAUGGCUCUUGAGCUUUUAGGAUGGAUGGGAUGUGCGAUUUCUGAUCUUACUUCCUCCGUACAACAUUUAAUUCCCAGUAUGGAUGAAGGGGAUUCAGAGUUAUCUGAUUAUCUGCGGCAGCUAUUUGAUGAGCACCUGAAUCGGUCAUUACAUGCAGAAGAUGUCGUGUCUGUCGAUGGGCCAUAUCGAAUAGUUCUUGAGAAUCUCCAGGAGAGGGAUCUUGGAAAUUGGCAGCUUUCUAGCGCUCGGGGAUAUGUUCUUGCUCAGUGGGCAAAAAAUGUAUGCAGUUUCUAUUACGAUCCGGAGAAUAGGGGAAAUACUUCCGACGGCGAAUCAGUCGACCAUCUGGCGCGGACUCUGCGUAACAUGCUUUCAGACCCCAGAUGGCUAGAGUCUCACAAUAACUUUGAACGUAUCGGUCCACACCAUGCUCGUUUCGCAUAUCUUUUGACUCUCCUCCAUAUGGGGUUCUGCAAAGCGUUCGACAAAAUCCUCAAGGUUCUUUUAAACUCCAUUACCAGCGAUCAAGCCAAAGUCCGAAGCCGAAGCUUGAAAAGUGUGAUUCAAAUGUUGGAGAAGGAUCCGACCCUUCUAGACCGUGAUGACUCCGUAACCACGUUGAUUCUCCGAUGCUCUACCGAUUCUUCACCCAUGGUUCGAGACUCGGCACUCUCGCUUAUUGCAAAGUGUAUCACUCUUAGACCGGCGCUUGAGGAGGACGGCUGUCGUACCAUUUUAUCUUGCUCAGCAGAUCCAACUGUCGGUGUUAGAAAACGCUGCAUUGGCUCCUUGAAGGAUAUUUAUCUCCAAACGUCACGUAAAGACCUGAAAAUUGCCAUUGCUGACAAUCUGUUACAACGCAUUACGGACAUGGAAAGCAGUGUCGUUACACAAGCUCGCCAAGUCUUGGAAGAAAUCUGGUUUGGUCCAUUUCACCAUCCAAUUGACUCGAUCCAGGAUUCACCUCAAACUAAAGUCUCCUUGGGAGAAUUGGUUGAUCUUAUUGUCGGGUCCGUCGAGAAAAGCGAUGCAAUCGUUACCGCUUUUGAAAAGUUUGUCAAAUCCAUACUCUCCGACGACACAAAGGCAGCAUCCGCCAAUUUCAAAGUGUGCAAAGCGAUUGUUGCUGCAAUGUUUGAGCGAAUCAUAGAUCAUGCAGAUUCACCAAAUAAACCGACCCUCCAAGCGCUCCUCCAGUCCGUUACGGUGUUCGCCAAAGCGAAUGCGAAGCUUUUCACUCCUGACCAAUUGGAAACACUGCAUCCCUAUAUUGGCCACCUCUCCACAGCUGACGACCUGCUUCUUUUUCGAUCUGUGGUUGUCAUAUAUCGAUGUGUUCUACCUUACCUUUCUACCGCCCAUAAUACCCUUCUCAAAGAAAUUCAAAAUGAUCUUUUCAAGAGCGUUUCGAAGCUAGCUAGGACCGAGCUUAAUGAGGUAAUGGCAUGCCUUUGGACGAUCGACAGGGUUUUACAAAAUACCGAACGCCUUGUGAAACUUACCAUAUCCGUCCUCAAGGGUAUUGCUCAGGCGAAAACUCUAAACUUCGACAACUCAUCAAAAACAGAUGCUCUAGGGAGGGUGAGAAGUUACAUUCGAAUUGCCGGUUGCGUUGGGAAGCAUUGUGAUCUGGAAAAAUAUUAUAAUUUUUUCAGGCAAUCAUUUCCUACGACGCAGGCCACGUCUGUUUCUGGCUUAAUGGUUAAUUUCAUAGCCCCCUUUGCUCUUCCUCAGUAUCCACUUGAACUGCGAAUAAUGGCUUUGGAAAGCUUAGGCUCAAUCUGUCAAACUUGGCCUGCGCAGUACAGCCAGCAACAGGCAAGAGUGGCUUUAUCUUCGGUGUUCGAGGGAGACAACCCGGAUUUACAAAAUAUCAUCUUGAAGUCAUUCCUAGAGUUUUUUUCUAUCCAUGAAGGGAAGGCUGAGACGUUGGUACAAACUAAUGAUUCAGCAGCCGAUGCUGAGAGCUCCGCGAGAUUGGCUGGUUCCUUGAAGGCGAGCGAGAAUGAUGGAGCAGCAGCAUUGAUUGCCCAGCAAUUUCUCCAAAACAUGCUCCACGCGGCACUUUCAAAGCAGGAUACCUACGCAUUGACGGCAAUUGAGCUGAUAGCAAGUAUUAAUCGCCAGGGCCUUAUUCACCCCAAAGAAUGUGCUGGGGUAUUGGUAGCACUGGAGACGUCCACAAACCCGACAAUCAGCAAAAUAGCCUUUGACACUCACAAAAUGCUGCACGAACAACACGAAUCCAUGUUUGACCGAGAGUACAUGAGAGCAGUUCAGGAUGCAUUUCAUUAUCAGCGGGAUGUCGUGGGAGAUCCAAGUGGGGCUUUUGUUCGCCCGUAUACUUCGAAACUUGCGCCCCUUUUCGACAUCAUCAAAGUCAGCAAUAGCAAGUACCAGAGAAAAUUUCUAACCAAUCUCUGCACAAAAGUCGAUUUUGAACUUCGCAAACUUGACGUUUCGAAGGAUCCCCCAGAACACUUGCUCCUAUCUAGAUUCGUUUCUCAAAAUAUCGCAUUCUUUGAGUAUGCACAAAUUGCGGAAAUACUCCCUACAAUCGCUUGCAUUGAGCGUAUAGUUGCUGCAACAGGAACAAUUGUAGCUCAUGCAAUCGAAACCGAUUUGUUCCAAAACACGAUGGAGCCAAUCAAUGGCAACUCAAACGCAGCACAAUCUCGGACUAUGGAUGGGUCCACUGUUUCCGAAGAGGUUGCUGCCGUCCCUACUACUUCAUCAGAGGUAGCAGCCGCUGGUAAGUCAAUCGAUGGUCAGUUGUUGAGACAGUUGGCUACUGCAGCGGGUUCACUCCUGAUGCUCUGGGAAGCUCGGUCGUAUCUCCGUCGCCUUUACGGCAUUAAUUUUCAUGCACGGCAAAAGGAAGGGAAGGGAAGCGCCAAGGAACUUAAUCGGCCACCGUCAAAAGUCCAGGGUGUCACCGGUGACCGGUUUUGGGAAGUGGUGUCCAAUCUCAUGCACUGCCUUGACAGCACAGAAACAAUGGUAACCACAUGUCGAGAUUUUGCACUAUUGCUAUCGAUCGACGAUGAACUCAAAGUGGCUGGAGACGAUGAUCGGGGGAGCCAUGACACCACAGGAGAGGGUGAUGAAAUGGGCAUCCUCCUCGCAGCCGCAGGCAAUUCGAAACCGGGAAAGCGCAAGAGCUCUGUCUCUGCUGGUGGCACUCCGAAGAAGAAAGCUAGGGGUAGUAAACCCCUUGGCAAAAAGAGAAUGAGCACUGAUAUCGACGAUGAACUGGCGAGUGAUUGAGGAGUUCGGCGUGUGGAGUUUUAGAAUAGACUGGGGGGAUUUGAAUCGCAGACGUCGAAUACUUAUUUUUCCAUUCAUAUAUUAUUAGCAUUGAUCAAAAGCAAUCUUCUCAAGGCUGGUGGGGAGAGUGGUUUGAUGCUUAGCUAUCAAGGAGUUGCGGCAAUUACUUUAUUCAGUGGUGCUGUAUUAUAUUUAGCACAUUAUUUCUAGCGAUUGCUCUGGGGCUUCGCUAAUUUUGUUAUCAUGCAUGGACAUACAGUUAAUAUAGCAUAUCAUAGAUGAGAUAAUUAAAAUACGGGAAAUCUCUUCACU